AUGAGCAACGAAAUAUCAACAGAAAUAACUAAACAAAAUCCUCUACUUGAUGAAAAAGAGCAAUCAAAAGAUAAUUUCGAACAGAGAACAGUACCAACGCUAGUUGAAGUACAGUCAUUUUGUGGAGAAUUUCAUGUUAAAGUUGAAAAUGCAGCCUGUAUUCGUCCAUGGUUACAAUUUAGUGACACACAUUUUCCGGGUAACCAAAAAGAAAUUUAUGGAAAAGAGUUUUCAUUACUAAAUCUUGAAUUCUUAUUUAUAGAGAAAAUUCUAAAGGAAUUCGAAGAAAAUGAAUUCGAUCUACCAACUCCUAUUCAGUCUAUAGCAUGGCCUAUUCUUAGUCAAAAUCGAGAUCUUGUUGGUAUAGCAACCUCUGGAAGUGGAAAAACACUUGCUUUUAUUCUUCCUCUUAUAUUUCAACUUCGCAAACAAUCUAAUGAUACUUCUAUAGCGAUUAUUUUGACAUCAACCCGUGAAUCGGUACAAAAUAUUAAUAAUGUUGCUCAACCCUAUUUUAAUCUAUUUGAUAUCAAAUCAAUGUGUAUUAUAAAUGGAGAUGACCAUGAAAAGCAAAUUAAUGAAAUUAACGAUGGAAAAAACGUUUAUAUAUGUAUACCAAAUCGAUUACAAGAACUCGUAGAAACAAAAUUAAUUGAUCUUCAGCACGCUACAUUUAUUGUACUUGAUGAAACCGAUAAAAUGAUUGAUUUAGGUUUUGAAACACAAAUUAGACAAAUUCUCGACAUUUUCAAACCGACCACCGAUGAUAAACAACAGCAAGUUCAAAUGUGUGUAUUUUCCACUAGCUCACAAAAAUCCAUAAAAACUCUAGCUGACCAUUAUCUAACAAAUUAUGUUCAUGCUAGUGUUGGCUAUUUAUCUGAACCGCAUUCUUCUGUACAUUUAAAUGUUGAGCAAAUAGUUGAUUUUUGUCCAAAUGAACAACAAAAACGACAAAAUCUUUUUCGAAUUCUCGAUGAAGUCUGUGCAUAUGCACCAAUGAGAAAAACUAUCAUAUUUGUUCGUACACGAGAUAAAGUGAAUCGUCUAAACAAAGAACUUGAACAAAAUGGAUAUAGAGCUUUAAUUCUACAUGGUUCAUUAAGCCAACAAAUACGAAAUCAAGUUCUUAAAGAAUUUCGUGAAAAUUCAAAUGUACUGUUACUUACAACGGAUGUUGCUUCAAGAAGUUUUGAUGUUGAUGAUGUUCGAUUUGUAAUCAAUUACGAUUAUCCAACGUCCGAUGCUGUCUAUAAACAUAGAAUUACACGGAUAACAAAUUGUAAUAUAGCAUUUACAUUUUUCUCAAACGAAGACGCUAAACAUGCUCCAGCACUCUUAUAUAUUUUGGAUAAUGCUGGCGCUGUUGUUCAUCCGAUAUUGCUUCAAAUUGGACGAAAAAAUGGUUUUAACAAAUGGGUAGCGAAUGUAGGAAUACCUCAAUAUCCGGUUUUUGAAAAUUAUGACAAUUUUGAUGGCGAUGGUCCAGAUAAUUGGAUCAAUGAUGAAGAUUUGCCACCGAAUUUAAUGAAUAUAGAUUUAGGUUCAUUUGAUUCUAGUCAACUACGUCCAGCACCGGUACCACUUCAAAAUGCCAAUGGAGCACUUAACGAGCUUGAUGCAAAUACAAGAAUGAAAAAUUUUCAAGAUUACAAACAACGUUGUCAACUAUUAGAACGUUUGACAUGGAAUGAUAAUCAAAAUAAUAAUUGGAAUAAUGGUGGUGGUUGGUCGAAUCCCGAUAAUGAAAAUCAAAAUCAAAAUAAAGUUGAUACAUCUCAGAAAAAUCCACCAAUCACCAAUGAUUAUAAUCAAUGGCAACCUCCACCUCAACCGCCACCUGAAACAGAAACCAAUCCAGCUAUCAUUUAUGCCAAAGCAAGUAGCGAAUAUCAUGUAGAAUACAAUCAAUAUACAACUGCAUUACAACAAGCUAUGCUUGCACAACAAGCAGGCACACAAAUAACACCAGAACAACAACAAUAUUUGAUUGCAUUUCAACAAAAACUACAAGCUAAACAACAACAACUUCAAGUUAUGCAACAAGCAGCUGCUCUAACAGCUUCAACACAAAAUGCUUGGAACCAACAACAGACAAGUUUUAAACCGCAAUCAACAACGGACCCUUCAAAAGCAACGACUGACGCUCAACAAGCAUGGAUGCAACAAUGGAUGAGUGCUGGCUAUGACGCAUCGCAAAUUGCCGCCUAUCAGCAAUGGUAUACACAAAUGCAAUUAGCUGCAUCUUUAGCAGCAUCAACAGCUAUAUCUCAACCGCAAGCUCCAACUUCUAUGUACAAUGGAAUUCCAAAUAAUACAAAUCAACAAUCGACAGUGACUAUAUCCGCACCUCCGACUGUUUCAUCGUCAACAGCAAGUGCAGCACAACGUGCUUAUGCUGCCUACAGCAAUCGAGGAUCAACGAAUUGA